GUUAGCAUUUAACUCCAGCUUUUGCCUCGUGAAGUAACCAGCCGGUGCUGAGGAUAGCUGGAGCUUUCUCUGCAGCAGAGAACAGGGAAGAGACCACAAAAUACCACCAGGUGUAGGGAACAGAUCAUUGGUCUAAAAAAAGGGGAAGAAAAAAGCCUGUUUUUUUUUUUUUUUUUUUUGUCUGCGAAGGUAUAUGUUGUCCUGUCGUAAUGCAUGCACAGACCUCAGGUGGUACACUCCCUGCUCUGAUGAAUCCAUGCUCACUAUCUCAGUCUAUUCCUCUGGUAGAAGGAAUCUGCUGUGCCAUAUCAGACAUGAAUGCAGACCAAACCAUGGUCACACAGAAAACUUUAGUGGAGCAGUUAGUGAAAAGGUAUCCAGGCAUUGCAGUUCCCUCCCAGAAAAUCUUACACAACAUCCUUGGCACUCUAAUUAAAGAAAGGAAGAUCUAUCACACAGGAGAGGGAUAUUUCAUCGUUACCCCCAACACCUACUUUGUCACAAAUGAUGCUGCAGAAUACAAUAACAGGGGCUGGCGGACAGACAGUGAGGACGCUUACCAGGCAACCUGGGAAAGCUGUGCAGACCCAGUGGAAGAAAACAUUGCUAAAGUAUCCCGUUGUCUCCCUGGCCAGAAUAUGUUCUGUGAACAAAGACUCGAGCAGCUAACGAACCAGGAACCUGAGGGAGGAGGCAAGAAAGGCUGCAGUGAAGGAAAGCCUUUGAUUCAAACUCAGGUCAUCUCUUCAUCAGCUGAAAACCGUGCCUGGGACACCAUGAAAACCCUGACAUCAGUGAAAGAGAAACUGAAAUGUAGAAGAUUUGGCCUUGGUCUUUUCUGGAGAAGUACUUCUAAAAAAGAAAAACAUAAGGAGUACUCAACGUUUUCAGCCCAGUUUCCCCCCAGCGAGUGGCCGGUCAGAGAUGAAGAUGACUUAGAUAAUAUUCCACGUGAUGUUGAACAUGAAAUCAUCAGGUGUAUUAACCCCACUCUUACCAUUGAUAAUUUGAUUAAACAUACAAGAUUAAUGCAAAAGUUUGAGGAGAGGAAAACAAAUACCACUAAGGAUAUCUUGGCUGAAGUGUUAACACUACAGCAAAAGUAUUGUUCAAAGGAGUGUGUUCAAAAGGCACAAAUUAGAACAGCAAAACACAAAAGGAAAAAGAAGCCAAACAGAGAGAAGCAAAUCAGCAGAAACAACUUGAAACCUCAUGUGCAUGAGCCAACACCCCAAAGUGAGAAGCUGGAAGAGAACAUUUCACUGCUUGUCACAAACCAACAGCCGCUGGAUGCAGCGGUGGAAUCCCAGGUCCUAUAUAAAAAGCAAAUUAAGAAUCCUUUUCAGGGUCUCUCAUGGAGACACAGCUUUUAUGCAAAAGCAUACAAGGGUCGUAUUAACAGCCAGCGGAAGUCCAGGAGACGAAAGCGGGAAAGGGAUUUACAAAGGCUUACAAAGUCCUUGGAGUCACCCGGAGCCUCCGAAUACGAAGCUGAACAACUGCUUGCUGAAAUGCAGGCUGACAACACUAAGCAAAACAAAUCACCCCAAGCUCAUAGGUUUUCCUUCCAAUUAAAGAAAAACAGUUUAAGUGACAAUGUUAGUUAUCUGCACAGCAGUACUUUGCGAAUAGAUGAUAAACAUAAAUACUUUCUGGAGAGUAAUGUUUCUGAAGACAACGUCUGCAGAGGAACUGUGAAAAGAAAUCCUGGGAAUAUUAAAAAAUCCCCAGACUUCUACACUGAAGAUAAAAGUGUGCGUAAAGAAAAAGCGAAACAUUUACUACAUCUGAAAGGUGAAUGUUGCAGCUACAAGGCUGACGCUGUUUGUGAGUUGUUGGACCAAGCAGCAAAUGAAUUUCAAAACGUCCACCUCUCAAAUUAUACAACCAGUGUUACAAGGGAAAAAGAAUUUGGUGUGACACACAGACAAAAGACUGAUAAAAAGAAUGAACUUGUAUUUAAAUACGACUGUACCAACUGUUUUGGAUCAACAAAGCUGGAAAGUGACAGAUUUACCAACAAAUGCCAUCUUCAGAACCAGAAGGUACAUGAUUGCAACAAGUGUAGUUUGUUGCAUCUGGAUGACAAUUUGGAAUGCAAAGAACCACAUCAGUUGCUUUCUUGCCAUGCAUUUUCAGUUGCAAGAGACUGGAGUAAAGCUGUGCAAAAGAUGGGGACUGCUCUAAAAAUCUCUAAGGUUAAUAUUUAUUCAAACCAAUACAAUACAACUGUAAAUCGAUAUGACUCUGGAGGGUAUGGAUACAAGGGAAGUGCUGAUUUUACAGAAUCAACUUAUGGCUCAAAAAAGCAUCAAAAGCCAGACCUUGCAGAAGAAAGUUGUUUGUGCAGCCAGGUUCUUCCAAUGGUAUCCAGACAGGAGAAAGAAACCAGCUUUACUGAAUGCAUGAAGGCUUCAGCUGUAGAUUUUUGUGACACUGAUGAGGAUGACGCUUUGCAGAACCGCACCUGUGAGAUGGCAGAAGCUGUGGCAUGCCACCAUCUGGGCCCACAAGCCAAAGAAGCAAGAACCCCCCCAGGAAUAACAGGUCUCAUUUUAAUGAAUGAAUACACUGUGAUACCAGGACAGAAUCACACAGGAGGGGCAGAAAACCACAGCAUUACAGGAGACAGUGGAAUUGACUCCCCAAGAUGGACUGAAAAGAAGAUGAAGCUUCCUCCCAAACUCUGACAGCAUCAAUAGCAACGUAUGGAGAACAUAUGGAGAGUGGAAGGGCAGUGACAAAAAGUGCCUUGUUUCAGCUAAUUCUAGCCAGGAAGGCUUGCUAAGUUUUUAAUAAGGUGUCAACUUUUUAUUUCUAACAGUGCAAGCAUACUAUAACUGUGCUUGGUGAUGUCUGGUGUCUGCCUGUAAAUAUAAGCCUUUUGUUAACAUGUUGGAGAUAUCAAUAGCAGAAAUGUACGGUGUUUUUGUGUUUGUUUUUUCACCUCCUCGUCCAAUAAAAAUGAGGGCUGACA